AUGCUCGUCAAGACCUUUCUUCGUUUCAUUACGAUCUUGAGAUCUCUUGUUUGGCGAGUAGGGGCGGACAGAGAUGAGAAAAACUACUUCAUCAAUCCACCAUGGGAACCGGGCGUACCUGAUACCUUCGACAACAACAAUUUCUACGACCUGGGAUCUACACUUGACCUCAACUGGGAGACCAACUUCACAACCAUAUCGCUCGUUCUGCGGCAGCAAGACAAUGCUAGCUACACGUACCUAAUUGAGCGCCAGCCUGCUUCCAAGACUCUCGUGUGGGACGUCGAUCUGGACGGGAAAUACAACAUCACCAGCACUGUGCUGAAGAUGCCUAACGGUGAGCCCUUGACGAGCGAGCUGCUAAUGUGUGGUGCUUCGCUGAGCUUGGUGACAGUCUUCUCAUUCGAGGUUUGGGAAAUCAUCAAUGGCAGUGGCCAGAUUGGACGCCGUUUCUCGAGCCACCACUUCAACAUAUCUAUUGCAGCAGCAGCGACACCUUCUCCAUCAAGCGAUUCAAGUGGCAACUGGCCAGCAAUGGCGGCCAAAGAUGAACCAACAACAGUACCUCCAGCGCCCAGUGGUCUCUCUGUCGACGCUUAUGUUGCCGUUGGCAUCGGUGUCGGUCUCGUAGCGGUCUGCCUUGCGAUCGCCGUUGCUAUCCCUCCGUCAUUCUUCUGGAAACAGAGGAAGGAGGCCAUCGCAGCAGCCGAGGAGGAAAUGCGGCAAAAGUUGGAGAGUGCACCGCCGAAAGAAGGUCAAGAGCCUACGAAUCCGCCUAUACCAAAUCCGCCACAGCCAGCUGCGCAGUGA